AAGCCAUGUCAAUCUGCACCCGUUCAACAGUCUAAACAAAAUUGUUUUUUUUGUGUUCUCAUACUCUUACAAUUGUAUUUUGAUUCUUGCUUGAACAGUCGCUAAGAUUAUAUUUGGUUAUGAUCUUGGCAAAAUAACUAUUUUGGAUGCAGCAGUUGUUAGCUAGAAUGCUAUCGCUCAUUGCUAGGCUGUAGCAAAGGCUAGCUGGAGAGCCAUUUUAUUGGUUGAAGUGCUGUUGUUUUUUGAAGUAUAAUGUGCUUAAUUUCUGAUGAUGACCCAAACAUUAUAUUAAGCAGGACAUUUAAUACGAGCCUUAAAAUCCAAACGAAGUGUGAAAUGCACUCAUGCAACAUGUAAAUAGAUGCUUUUUUUGCUGGCGUUCUAUAAGAACUCCCCCCUGUUUUCCCACCAAUUUGCGCUUAUCGCCCUCGUGCGGCAAUGUUUGCAAACACAGAAAGGGGUCUGUACUAUAAUGUUUUUCAUCAAUGCGUGCAGGACCAAAAUGGAGGAAAUGUCGAAGUGCUAUCACUUGUUAAAGCACGAGCCACUCUAGUCAAACGAUAUCCCCGCGCGUCCUCGUGGCUUGCAAUAUAAUUGGCUAACUACCAAACCUUCCUGCAGGACCAUGAGGGACGAAGUCUGAUCCAGGCUCAAUGAAACAGAAAAUAGACUCCAAUGACACUUGACUGCUUUGCAAGACCAGCAGUUAUUCUGUCAUGUUAGUUCAAUAACACCUGCGUUUUAUUAGCCAUGACUAUGAGAUCAACUUUGUUUGCUAAUGCAGGAUUUAAGCUGGACACAGAGAAACUUGACUUUGACAAAUCACAAGUGGGAACUGCAAACGUCGUGAAUUCCAUAACCAUCAAGAGAGAAUCCUGUGACUUUGUCAUUGAUGUCCAUGACGUACAUGGGGCAAUCCACAAGACUGGAGGGGAGCUCCUCAGCAAAACAAAGCUCCUAGACCAGAAUUACAUCAUUCGGACCCCAGUGGCUGCUCAAAAUAAAGCGGAAGGGGCACUGGUUCAAGGCGACAAUUGGGGAAGCACCGGGGUGCUGUCAUAUUCCGGCAGACAAAUGGGGGGUGAGGGAAUCCCAAUUAAAGGUAAACUCAUUCUGAGUGACAGUAUGGAUAAUACAGAGUUGGUUUCAAACAAUAACUCCAAGGAUGCUGGUACUGAUGAGAGCACCAGAGGGGUCUCCACUGGAGGAGUUGUCAACACUGCAUCCAUUGAGCUCAGCACAGAGGGCAAGUGGAGGAACAUCAGGAAAACCCCUGCUAACCCCCACACACAGGCCACCUGCCUCCAGCAGAUUCUCCUGCUUCAGCUGGACUUGAUUGAACAACAGCAACAACAGCUGCAGUCCAAGGACAAGGAGAUAGAUGAGCUGAAAGCGGACAAGGAGACGUUGCUGGCGCGUAUUGAGCGUAUGGAGCGCCGUUUGCAGCUGACGAGGAAAGACCCACGUGAUAAGCGCCUAUUUCAGCCGCUAGAGCCCUGGACCCCAGAUAAAGAGGACCUGUGGGAUCUAGAAGUGGGUGACAGCCCCCAGACUCCCACCCCUAGGUCACUCCCCUUCAGCCGAGGAGACAAAGGCCUCAAAAGGAAAUUUUGCUUCCUGGACUCCAAAAUCCAGAAGUCACGAGGGGGCAAAGGCUCCAAGUUCGCCCCCUCUAAGUCAGAGUGUGGAGCUGGCUCUCCCCAUCAGAGGGAGCUGCGCAAUAAAGAGACCCCGGAGAAGACAGGGUUUGGUCGGUCAGCGGUAGAGGGGGGUACUCUGCAAUCGAGCAAUGAGGACCCGGAGCUCACCGCUCGGAUGGAGGAGCUCCCUUUCAUGUCUACUACUGAGAUGUACCUGUGUCGUUGGCAUCAGCCUCCCCCCUCCCCCCAGCGCGAGCCAUCCCCAUCCCCAAAGAAAGAGGAGGUUGUGGCCAUCCCCUCUUGGAGGGAAAACAUUAUGGAGCCCUUGGAUGAGGAAGCUGCCAGUGUCAUCCCAGAGAUGUUGGAAGACAGUGUCUUUUUGAAGCGCCAUGCAAAGCUGGAGUUGGAUGAGAAGAGGAGAAAAAGAUGGGACAUUCAGCGUAUCCGCGAGCAGCGCAUGUUUCAGCGUCUGCAGCAGCGCAUGAACAAGAAGAAGGGGAUCCAGGAAAGUGAGCCAGAGGUCUCGUCGUUUUACCCGGACACUGAAGAUGUCGAGUCCAUAAUCAUCACCCCUUUCCUGCCUGUGGUGGCCUUUGGCCGGCCAUUGCCGAAGCUCACUCAACAAUGGUACCAUGGUGCAGGUGGCGGGGCAGGGCGAGUUUCACAGAAAGACCUUUCAUCAAAAUGCAAGUAUUUAUUCUUCCCCAUAAGUAUGUCUUUUAAGUUAAGUAAACUGAACAUUUGUCACCCAAAACACUUGUCUCAAAGUCAAUCAAUUUCUUGCCUAUUCUUUCCUCUGUUCUUAAAGAAGAUGUUUUACAAAAACAGGUUAAUAUGAAUGCACACUGGUGUAAAUUCAAAAAGGGUCUCAUGAAUGAUUUACUAAUGCCAUUUUGAAGACAUGGUGAGGGCCUUAACAUAGAAUCUGAAGGGGUAAAUAUUGACACUGGAUAUGUAAAUACCAGUAGUUUUGCUAAUCCUUUUAAAGAAAAUUCACAAAGACAAAAAAAACAAUAAUGCACUUUCCUAGAUAAGAAAUGUUAUACAUUUGUCCAUUCCAACAGUUAUCAAUAUUAUUAUUAACAUGUCUGCAUGCUGAAAACAAUUUGCACAUGAUGUGCCAAUUGAAUGAUAACCCAAUGUGAAAUGCUUUUCAAGUUACAGGGGACCUAUUUUCCCGGUGACCUUCCCCUUUCCCUGAUUUCUCCAGGCAACUUUUCAAUUGCUGAAAUGUGUCUUCCUCUGUAGGAACUUUGACCUGCCUUGGCUUGACGAGCGAAGCCGCUGCCGCAUUGAGGUGCCCAAGAAACACACACCACACCGGACCUGUCGGAAGUGAGGUGGUAUCUGCGUGUGUCAAGCAAGAGAGAGAGCACACCCUUCCUUUCCCAGAUGUGAAAAGUUUCAUUUUGUGGGUUUAGGCCGUCAGUGGUGUCAGUAGUCUGUGGAAAAGUAAACCACUGUCUUCCCGUGUGGUUACUUGCCAGCUGGCCUGGAGACGGAGCUGCUGGAGAUAAAGAAAAUGGCUACCAAAUUGGUUAGCUAUGGUAAAUUUGGUGCCCAAUCUAAAAAAAGCUGCCCCCCCCCCCCCCCCCCCCCCCCCUUAGAUAACAGACCCCCUACUAACAACGUUGUGAUUAUAAGGUAAAACACAACUGUUACUUAAUGUCUGUAGUAAGUAACUAUUUAGUAAUAAGCAUGUUCUGUGAAGCAAACCUGGGGAGCACAAACAUUUCCCAAAUGUUUUGGAAUUUGGUGUAAUGUAAUACUUAAUUACUGCAUCAUCACUAAAAUGUGUAACUUUUGAUCAUUACUACAUUGUUACAUAGUUGUCAACCUGACUUAACUUGGGGACUGUGAUCUAAAGGGUAAGAGAAGUGAUAUUUUCCGAUUUGACUGAAUGUCAGUGCUUGAAUUGUACGAUAUGCACAUUGCUACAACUAACCCUGUAUGCUGGAAGCUCCAUUGGCAUUUACAUGCUCGGUGUUUUGCUUAGAUUGAAACUGAACUAUUUUCCCUGUCUGUGUAUUAACUGUAAUAAUAUUUCCUUGUGUGGACACCGCUUCAAGCAAAAGGUUUUAUUAUUGUGCACUAAAGUGUGGAUAUAUGUUUGAUCCUCACUCUGCAUGUAUGUUUAAUCACAAAUGCAGUAAAUAUGAGAAAUGUCCUCUUCUGAUGCUAAAAUGAUUGUCCAUACUUUGCAUCAUGAAGAGAAGUUGGUUGUUUAAAUGAGUACUUCUUGGCAGAAAAAAAUGUCAAAUUAAUUUGAGAACCAUGGGUCUUCUACAGUAUGCUAAUCAUUCGAUUCUGCAUGGUCUUUUUUGAGGUGACAACUCUGUUCCAGGCGAUAUCAACUAUCAGCAUGGUAGAUCUGUAAAUUAAACAUUUCCGCUGAGUACAAUUCAGAGAAGAGUAAUAUCUGAUUUAAUUUCGAAAGCAUGACUCUGGCUGCAUUAUUCAUAAAAACACUGCUUUGUUUAGACAACUGCCUUGUUUCUAGAACGUUCUCUGUGAGGAAUUUGCUCGUGUUUUUCAUUUUAGGAUGUUUUUUCCCCCAUGACAUCACAAAUUGCAGUAGACAACUGAGAUGGAUAUCAGUUUGGAAAACAUGGGUUGGCAUUAGAGUAGCCUAAUCAGCUAGAGUGCUCAAACUUAAUGCUGGGUAUUUUCCUUCUCUUAAAUGCUAGCUAUAUCUAACGAUAUUGGCAUCGAGCACCUGGCGAUGUUAAGCUUGUGUUCUGUCAUGUGUUAUCGCGUCAACAUUUUUACUUUUGGCUCGAUGGCUUCCUGGCUCUCCGACGCUACAGACCACACCAUACAGGCUGGUUUUGAAAUAAUGCGAAAUUGUUCUUCUGUACAUAGCUUUCAGGAGCAAAUGUUGUAAAUAUGAAAUACAUGGCUUAUUUUUGUAUUAUUUAAAUAUUUGUGUUGAGUACAUUCAAUAUUGUUCUAUGAUAAUUGAUUGUAUGUUGACAAAAUAAUUUACAAAAGUUUGUUUUGGAAUAAAAAUAAAAAUUGA